ACAAGGAAAAGGAAGAAGCGUACCGUUACUCAGGAUGAAAGUGCGAUAUAUUUGUUGUGUCUGGUUUACGAUUUUAGGAUGUCUGGUAUAUGGUGUGUCCGGACAGCGUUCACCCACAGAUUCUCCCCACGAGUGUGAGACAUGGACACAGCUAACCAAUGGGAUUAACCAGUACCACCGUGGACAAGGUAACAUAGCCUGCAAGGACCAUAGCCGUGACAAGUGUGAACAGCUCGACUGUGGGGGCAGCUACAUCCUAGAGUUUAUACAGAUGCAGUUCAAUGUGUGCCUUGGGCUGGUGUUCCAUCACUGUGAUAGCCCUCCCUCCAUAGAACUCAGCCUACAGAUACCAACCUUCAAUGCUAGUAUCCACCGGCUUGUCAUCCACAACGACACCAUCCCAGUCCCAGGCCUGAGUAGGAACAUUGGACAAAACAGGGCCGAGAUUGUACUGUUUGUAGAACUGCAGAGAUGGAACAGGACAAGCUUCCUGUUGAAGAUGUCUGGACGUGUCCGUCUGACAACAACAGUGUUUGGCCGCGAGAUCACAGACUGGCCGGAACAUUUACAACAAGACAUUAUCACGAUGAGUAUUCCUGUCACUAACUGUACAACUCGUACCAGAACAACGCUAUCCCCACUGAAGCCGUGUGACGUUCAGCAGUACAUUGGGACCAGUAGCCCCUUCACCGCCGUCGUCACUACACCCUCACCACCCAUCAAAAUCACCUCAGUGACGUACAAUAAAACCUGUCUACCUGGAUCAAUGAGAAGAUCCCAGUGUGGAUACGGGGAAGCCUGUAUCAACAGUCGCUGUCUGUGUGCAUACGACUACCAGCUGUCCACUUACGGUGUCUGCCAGAUCAUUGGAAAAAAGCAAGCAGGACCUAUACUGAACGGAUUUCCUUCCAUUCCAGGAUUACCGAUGCUAGCAAGUCAGCAACAGUCCACUUCCAGCAGCGGGUCAAACAAGACAAAACUAGCCAUGAUAAUCGGAGGCUCUGUAGGUGGUCUAGUAGCUUUGGUGGCUGUCAUCAUUGUUGUAGUCAUGGUGAUCCGCAAGCGUGGGGCUCGGUACCAAGGCCGAGAACUCCUCCUCACCGAGGACGACACUGAUGGAGCUAUAUAAAACACAACCUGACAAGGAGGGAAGAAAGGAAAGGAAGAUAAUUACGCAGAGUUACAAAGUGUUAGUAGAAGGAGGGACGAACACACUGAUCUGAAUGACCAGAAAUACACCUUUAAUAGAAGUGCGGGGUAUCAUAUUUUACCUUCAGAUUUCAGGUCAUACCAUUCUUUGUACACAAUAGAUAAUCUUGGCUCUUUCAUCAGCAUUUUUAAUACCUAUUGUGUAAGGACUCUCUUCACAUAACUACACUCAAAAACAGACUUGUGUAAUUUUCGCUGUCUUGAGGUCUGUAGGUAAAAGUAUGAGACCCACUUUAAUUGUAUUUCAGUUUUCCAACUAUUGAGAACUAAAGCAUAAUUUCAAAGAAAAAACGUCCAGAACUAUUUGAUGAUGAAUGUGUGGGAUUGCAUGGGUAAAACAUUGUUUUUAGUCGUUAUAUAGUAUAUAUAUAUAUAUUUAGAAAAAAUAAGAUUAACGACCGACUAA